GUACCCACAACUGGUUUGCGUUCGGCAAUUGGCCUCACACUCGAAAAGUAAAACCAUCCAUCAAAUCGUCGAUUCAAUCAAAAUAAUAGUAUUUCAAAAUCAUCAUCAAUCGAAUUCGAUCCGAUUUCUUCGAUUCAAGAUGAUGCACAUGACCUUCUACUGGGGCAAAAAUGUGACGAUCCUCUUCGAUUCUUGGAAGACCGAUUCGUGGGUUUCUUAUGCCCUCUCUCUCCUCGCCCUUUUCCUUUUCUCACUCUUCUACCAGUACAUGGAGGAUCGCCGCCUCCGAUUCCGGCUCCUCGCCCUUUCCAAGCGCCCGCCGCCGCCGCAGUCGCAGACUCAGUCUCUCGGAAUUCCUCUGCUCGGCGGCGCCGCCGGCAAGUGGGCUCCUUGGAGAUUUGCCGGGGCGAUUUUGUUUGGGGUCAACUCUGCAAUUGGGUAUUUUCUGAUGCUGGCGAUUAUGUCGUUCAACGCCGGCGUGUUUGUGGCGGUGGUGGUUGGGCUGGGCGUCGGGUAUCUGCUCUUCAGAGGCGGCGACGGCGAUGGCGAUGUGGUGGUUGUGGAUAAUCCCUGCGCCUGCGCUUGAAAUUUAAUGUGUACCCUAAUUCUAUUCUACCUACCCUUUCCUUGUCUGAUUAAUUUUUUGUAUUUUGUUUUGUUGUGAAAUACUGUGUGUUGUUGAUGGUAAAAAUGGAUGAACUUGAUGCUGUGUAAUUGACUAUUAAUACUCUACACUUGUUGGGGAUUCAAGAAAUGGUCUGAAUUAUCUUAUAUUUGAGAAAUUUGUUGUAAUCAAGACUAGAUUUUUAUC